AUGCCAUACAGCGUAGGCCUGCAGUCUGCAGCAGCUGCGUUUCUCUCCGCGGGGUUCGCAACUCAAUUCACGGUCGCUGUCAUAGUGUUUCUCGUGAUCGUUUCCGUGACCUCUGCCUUGCAGAAAGAAGGAGCGGACGCUCCCAAAUCUCUGCCGGGCUACUCCAUCUUUCAUAUCAUACCUUUUUUUCGCAAACGACACGAUUUUCUUAACUGGGGCUUUCAGAUAACUGGACAGAAUGUCUUUCAGUUCAUGCUUUUACGAAAUACGGUGGUGGUAGUCUCCGGCGAGACCGCGAGACAAACUUUCUUCACUGCCAAAGGUCUGGAUCUGACUGAAGGUUUCAAGAUCCUUUCUGGAGCUAUUCCCAUGGUGAAGGGUGUCACCUCUGACCUUCAAACAAGAAGGAUAGCUCUUAUCCAUAAACGCCUUGCCAAUGUCCAAAGAAACGGGUCAUUAUCUUCUCUGAUCCCGUACCUGUUGGAGGACACCCGCAAGAUCAUGGAGGGGUGGGGUACCUCAGGGAAAUUCGAUCCCUUUGAAAAUGUCUAUGAGUUGACGAUCCGCAGUCUUUCCUGCGUUGAGAUCUCAAACGAUCCUGCUCUUGUCGCACGCCUCAAGGUGCUUUACGAUACUUUGGAUACUGGAACUACCCCGGCGACAGUUCUUUUGCCAUGGCUUCCCACACCCGCGAUGAUCAAAAAAUUAUGGGCGACCAAAGAAAUUUAUGAGAUUGUCAUUAAAGCCAUCAAUGACAGAGAGAGCAGUGGGAUUUCACGAAAUGACACACUUCAGAUGCUAUUGGAUUCCGGAGACGAGAAACUCGUGGUCGUGGGGUUCAUCAUGGGACUGUUGAUUGCCGGGGCGAGAGCCACUGGCACGACAGCAUCAUGGCUCAUGACUUAUCUCGGUGGCCAUCCAGAGUGGAGGGCAAAAGCCGCCGCUGAAGUCGAGUCUCUCCUUGCUUCACGAUGCUAUUCUCCGGAGAACUCGCCCACCAGAGAAUCUCCGACGUCUUUCUUUUCUUCUUCAACAACGACUUCUUUAUCCUCAUUGUCUGCCCGCCUUGGGACCAUUCCACUAGAGGUCUGGGAGACCGAAACACCGGUCCUGGACGCCCUUAUCAGGGAGACGACGCGGGUCGCCCAGCCCCACACCGCCAUGAGAAGAAACCUUGGCCCCGAACUAUAUAUUAACAACAAGAUAAUCCCUACAGGAGCCUACGUUAUAUAUCCAUUUAGUGACGUCCACCUCGACCCAGAAAUUUAUCCUGACCCUUGGAAGUUCGAUCCCAGCAGGAAGGAACCUGCACACAUUCCGUUCUCGUACGUCGGCUGGGGCGGAGGCAAGACUUUAUGCCUCGGAACACGACUUGCCAAGGUUGAGCUUAAAUUGAUCACGGCCAUGUUCGUUCUCGGAUUCCAACAUACCGUCGUUGACCGACGAGGCGAGCCUUCAAAUCCUCUUCCUGUUCCCAAUUGGAACGACAUCCUCCUUUGCCGACCGCCCGCCGGAUCCUUCAAGCUAAAAUAUGAAAGAACCUCUGUACGACUCUGA